GCCGGAAGCUGCCUGAUACGGAGAGCAGCAGGAUCUGGGGAGCGCUCUUCCCCAGGGUGCUGGCCAGGUCGCCCGGCGCAGGGGCCGCGGCGCGGGGCUCGCCCCGCCCCUCCCGCGCCGGGCGUGGCGGAGGCGCCCGGUCCUGUCUGAGGGCGAUCUCGUGCCGCGGGUGUCCGCGGGUUGUGGUGUGGGCCGCGGAAGUGCGGGGAGCCUGUCCUGCUGUGGGAGCGAUGGCCGCAGGGAAGCCCCAGCCCGUGCCGGGCUCUGGGGCGCCGCGCGAGCCGUGGCGGCUGCCUGCCGAAGGACGCUUCGCGCCUGGACGCUACCUGAGGUGAGCGCCGCGGCCCACGGGACUCGGGCGAGCGGCGCGACGGCUGUCGGCAGCAGCGGCGCUGAAAGUCUGCAGUCCUCGCCGUGCGUUUUGCGUGCGGAGGUAAAUUUUUCCAUAACCUUAUGGAGAAAAAGGACUUUGAAGCAUGGCUUGAUAACAUUUCUAUUACAUUUCUUUCUCUGACGGACUUGCAGAAAAAUGAAACUCUGGAUCACCUGAUUAGCUUGAGUGGAGCAGUCCAGCUCAGGCACCUCUCCAAUAAUCUAGAGAUUCUCCUCAAGAGGGACUUCCUCAAACUUCUUCCACUGGAACUUAGUUUUUAUCUGUUAAAAUGGCUUGAUCCUCAGACCUUACUCACAUGUUGCCUCGUCUCUAAACAGUGGAAUAAGGUUAUAAGUGCCUGUACAGAGGUGUGGCAGACUGCCUGUAAGAAUUUGGGUUGGCAAAUAGAUGACUCUGUUCAGGAUCCUCUGCAUUGGAAGAAGGUUUACCUAAAGGCUAUUUUAAGGAUGAAGCAACUGAAGGACCAUGAAGCCUUUGAGACAUCCUCUCUAAUUGGACACAGUGCCAGAGUAUAUGCACUUUACUAUAAAGAUGGACUUCUGUGUACAGGAUCAGAUGACUUGUCUGCAAAACUGUGGGAUGUAAGCACAGGUCAGUGCAUAUACGGCAUCCAGACACACACUUGUGCUGCAGUGAAGUUUGAUGAACAAAAGCUUGUAACGGGAUCUUUUGAUAACACAGUGGCCUGUUGGGAAUGGAGCUCUGGAGCAAAGACACAACAUUUUAGAGGACAUACUGGUGCAGUUUUUAGUGUGGAUUACAAUGAUGACCUUGAUAUUCUGGUCAGUGGCUCUGCAGACUUCACUGUGAAAGUAUGGGCCUUAUCAACAGGAACGUGCCUGAAUACCCUUACUGGACACACAGAAUGGGUCACUAAGGUAGUUUUGCAGAAGUGCAAAGUCAAAUCUCUUAUGCAUAGUCCUGGGGAUUAUAUUCUUCUAAGUGCAGAUAAGUAUGAAAUCAAGAUUUGGCCUAUUGGAAGGGAAAUAAACUGCAAGUGCUUAAAAACACUGUCAGUUUCUGAAGAUCGCAGCAUCUCCCUACAGCCCAGACUGCACUUUGAUGGUAAAUACAUAGUGUGCAGCUCAGCACUAGGAUUAUACCAGUGGGACUUUGCCAGCUAUGAUAUUCUCAGGGUUAUCAAACCUCCUGACUUCUCAAAUGUGUCCUUGCUGGGCUUUGGAGAGAUAUUUGCUUUACUGUUUGAUAACAGAUACUUGUAUAUAAUGGACUUGAGGACAGAAAAACUGAUAAGCCGCUGGCCUCUCCCAGAGUAUAGAAAGUCAAAGAGAGGUUCAAGCUUUUUGGCUGGUGAUAUGUCUUGGUUAAAUGGACUAAAUGGCCAAAAUGAUAUGGGCUUGGUUUUUGCCACCAGUAUGCCAGACCAUAGUAUCCAUCUGGUGUUAUGGAAAGAACAUGGCUGAAAAGCUCACAUAUGCAGAAUCUUCAGGAAUAUAUGGACUAUCAGCAGCGUGUCCAUAAAAUAAGACUUUGCAUGAACCAAAGUUGCACAUCUAAUGGUAUCAUCAUGCAAUGCACAAUCAUUUACUUUUAUUUGGGCAUUCGGGAAUGGGUUGUUUCGGACAUAAUGCAAUACAGCAUGCUAACAGUAUUCACCACAAAAAUUUGUCUGUACUCAUGUUUAAGCAUACCUAUUUGGUCUCUGAAGCAUAGCUUGUAACAUUUAAACCAUUCAAAUCCACCAUCAAGUCUGAAAAGAAUUAGUGCUUGACCUGACUUCUGACUUAUUUUUUUGUUGUUGAAACAGAAGGUGAAGCUAUUAUUUUAGAACCACAGGCUUUUGUACAUGUAACAGCAAAUAGUCGUUACAGUGCAUGGCUGCUUAACUCAAAUGAGAAGAUAGCAAACCAUUUCUCCAUUAUCGUUCUCUUAAAAAUAUUUUUUCCUUAUGAUAGCUUUAAAUACUUAGCCUUUGAAAUAGAAGAAUCAAAUGAGUCCCAAAUGAGGAUCAGAUGCUAACAACCAUAGUUUAAGUAUGGGAACGUGUCAAUAUGAACCCUCCUCAGCAAAAAUGAGUCGACUUUUCAUCAAUCUGAUACAGCCUGACAGUGCAAUUAAUCUCAGAGAACCUCUGACAGUAUUCAUUGUAUUUGCUGAUGGUAACUGAGGAUGGCUUGAUCAGUAUUUUAUAGUCCGUAUUUCCUAUUGUUUGUGUGAGAAUAUGACUUAGUUCAUAGGUAGGUAGAAAUACAAUGAAUGGGAAGAUGAUAUUCAGUUCUCUACAGCAAGAGUCACUCUUACAUUAAAUGAUGUCUAGCAGCCAUUCACUUUCCAAAAGUUGCAGUUAAUAUAAAUGUGCACUUAAAGUAGUUGCUACAUCUAGAUUUGGAAAGCAGGGGCAAAUAACACUGAGAACGUCACAUCUCUGGGGAGAAAAAAAAAAAAAUCAAAUGUCUGAAGAAAAGCCUAUGAGUAGAAAAAGGUCUUUUGUUGUGACCAUCAUAGGAGACCUGAUGUACAUGAGUUAAUUACUGAGUAACAAGUACCUAUCCACAUACUUUUGUGGUAUUUGACAUGUACGUAAAAGCUGUAUCUAAUGACAUCACAUGCUUUAGAAAUGCUUUAGGUUGGUUUCCCCUCCUCCCUUACAAUAAAAUCUCCCCUUAAUGGC